AUGAGUGAUAAAAAGGUGCCACAAUUUUUUAUUCCAGCCUCUUAUAAAGGUCAUCAAACCAGUCCAACACCUGUUUCGUCUAACAAUCUACGUUCACAAAAUUCAACUAGUAUCAACGAUACACAACAUCAACGAAAUCUUACAAAUCAACUGUCAACUGAAUUGAAUCCUAAUUCUCCUGGAAUAAAAUUUGUUAAUGGUAAACGAGGAGAUCAGAAACAAUCAUUAUUAUUCCCUUCACCUACUGGAACAUUAGAUUUAUCACACUAUAAUUUUGUACCUACACAAGCAGAUAAUACUAAUAACACGAUUAUUACCACUAAUGCUAACAACAAUAAAGAUACUAAGUCUAAACGACUAAAUGGUCGGUUAUCCAACCAGGUAUCGGCAACAAAUAAUCGGUUGAAUGAUACACUCAUUGAUAAUAAUAAUAAUAAUGCAGAAUUUAUGGAUUCAACACAAACAGCUGAAAAUGGUGAAAAAGAGAAAAAACGUAGACGGUUUCGCAGACCACGGAAAAAUAGUAAAUUAGAUAGAUUAAUACGUUUCCUUGAAGAUAAACGUGUCAAAGAUGAUGGUAAUGGUGAAGAGUUAGAAGAUUUACAAAUGCCAAGAUUAAGAAAAGUUUUAAAUAUUAUAUUUGUAACAUUAGGUGUUUGUUUUCUACUGGCUGUGAUAAUUGUCAUAUUGUAUACAACAUUUGCUGGCUGA